CAUUCUGCCAUCACCCCAGAUUUGCUCUACUUGCUCCAUAGGUACUCUCAACUCAGCUUUUGUAGUCCGACUUUCCUUAGACUCGGACACUCCCAUCACACGACUUCAAUUGGCACUUAUUAGCGUGAAGCCAUCCAAUUCGCGGUCGAGCUCUCGCUAUCCCAAAUUCUCCGACGGGCUUCCCGCAAGUGUCGAGCCGUUUUAGGGUCAUGAUUGUAGACGACUUCGAUCAGCCUAACGACGCCUACCUUUCCCGUGCGCCCGAGGAUGUCAUUAUUUCGCGAAACGGCGCGGUGCUGGGAAAAAAGACCGUCCUGAAGAGCGACCACUUCCCCGGCUGUCAGAACAAACGCCUUUUGCCGCACAUCGACGGUGCUCCGAAUUUCCGACAGAUUGCGGACCUGCCUGUGUACGGCGUGGCGAUCCCGACAGUGGAGGGCAUUCGGAACGUGCUGCAGAUAGUGGGAGCUUCGCGCAAUGGCGGACGCCAUGUCCUCUGGCACAGCAUGCGGGAAGAACCGGUCAUCUACAUCAACGGUCGCCCCUUUGUGCUGCGUGAGGUUGAGCGGCCAUUCACCAACCUCGAGUACACUGGCAUCAACCGGGCGAGAGUGGAGCAGAUGGAGGCUCGGCUGAAGAAAGAUGUACUUCGAGAGGCGGCCAGGUACUCCAACAAGAUCAUGGUGAGCGACGAGCUGCCUGACGGCCAGAUGGUGGACCAGUGGGAGCCCAUCGGCCCUGACUCUGUGCAAACUCCUCUCGAGGUGUACCAGGACCUGCAGAGGGCGGGGUACAAUGUGGACUAUGAGCGAGUGCCAGUCACGGACGAGAAGGUGCCCGAGGAGCAGGACUUUGACUUGCUGGUGGAGAGCCUGUCAGGGGUGGACGAGUCGACGGCGCAGAUCUUCAACUGCCAGAUGGGGCGGGGCCGCACCACCACGGGCACCGUGGUCGCCACCCUCAUCUGCCUCGCCCGCCGCUUCCCCUCCCGCAUCCUCUCCCCCUCUGCCGGCGCCUCCAUGCUGGCCAAAGCAGCGUCAACAGCUGGCCACGAGCCAGGGGGGGCCGCCAAGCUGCUGCUGGGCACCCCAGGCAAGGCACACGGCAGUGCAGGGGGGGCUGCAGAGGGCGCAGCAGCCGCAGGGGCAGGAGGGGCAGGAGGGGCAGGGGCAGCAGCAGCAGUGGAGGCGGCAGAGGUGCAGGCGGAGGUGGAUCGGGUGCUGCUGGCGGGGCAGUACGCUGUGAUCCGCUCCCUCACCCGCGUGCUGGAGGCCGGCAGCGAGAGCAAGCGACUCACCGACCUCGCCAUUGAUCACUGCGCCGCCAUGCAGAAUCUCCGAGAAGCCAUCCUGGGCUACCGCAACCGCAUUCACCGCCACUCGGACGAGAAGCGGCGGCAGGCUGCCCUGAGCCUGUUUGUGGCGUACCUGGAGCGCUACUACAUGCUGCUCUGCUUCUCCGCCUUCCUGCACUCCCUCACCUCGCCCGCCGCCUCCACCCCCUCCUCCAUCACCUCGCAAGCCCUGCCCUCGCCGUCAGUAUCCCACAGCAAGGCGGAUGACGCGCCCUCGCAUGUGAGAGUGCAGGAGACGCCCUCCAAGGAGCGUUUCUCGCUGCUGGACGGGCUGGCAGCCACACAGGCGCUGAGGGAGGCAAAGGGGGGCUUUCAGAGGUGGAUGAAGGCCCGGCCUGAGCUCUACAGCAUUCUGCGCAGGUUACUGCGAAGAGACCCAAUGGGAGCGCUGGGGUACGCCCACCCAACGCAGGCCGCCAUGCCCCGGGUCCUCUCCCUCUCCCACCUCCCACUUCCUCCUAGCGGCUCUGCUGUCUCGCCCAGCGCCCAUGGCCCAGCACGUCCACCUAUAGCACCAGCCGCAUCAGGAGCAGCAGCAGUUGCAGCAGCAGGAGCAGCAGCGGGAGAGGCAGGGGGGGAGGAAGCAGUUGGGCGGAGUGGGGAGGGCAUGGAGGUGGAGGCGGGGGACGUGGCUGGAGAGGCGUUUCGCAUGGCGGAGAUGGCUGCUGCCAUUGUGGAGGCGCGAUCAGGGGCCAUGCUGAGCAAGCAGACCGUGCUCAAGUCCGACCACUGCCCCGGCUGUCAGAACCUCUCCCUCCCAGAGCUGCUGGAAGGCGCCCCCAACUUCCGCCAGGUGGUGGGCUUCCCCGUCUAUGGCGUCGCCAACCCCACCGUGGACGGCAUUCGCGCUGUGCUGCGCCGGGUGGCGCAGGGAGGAGGGGCGGGGGCGAGAGACGGGGUGGGGACGGGAGGAGUGGGGAGGGAGGGCGUGGAGGGGGCGGGUGGGGAGAGGAGGGUGGUGUGGCACAACAUGCGGGAGGAGGCAACGGUGUACGUGAAUGGGAAGCCGUUUGUGCUGCGCGAGGCAGAGAGGCCGUUCAAAAACAUGCUCGAGUACACGGGCAUCGAGCGGCAGCGCGUGGAGCGCAUGGAGGCGCGGCUGAAGGGCGACGUGCUGCGGGAGGCGCAGCGUAGCGGAGGGAUGGUGGUGGUGGACCACGAGAGCGACGCGGGCGAGCUCUUCCACGCGCUCGAGCCUGUGCAGGGCAGCGCGCAGGGCUGCUCUGUUCAGACACCCCUGGAAGUCUUCCGCAUGCUGCAGGAGGAGGGCUUCCGAGUGGACUAUCACCGCCUGCCCACCACAGACGGGCAGCCGCCCAAGAGUCGCGAUUUUGACGCCCUUGCCACCACCAUCAGCAGUGCGGGCCCACAUGCUGCCUUCGUCUUCAACUGCCAGAUGGGCCGAGGUCGCACCACCACGGGCACGGUCAUCGCAGCCCUCGUUCUCCUUCGUUGCCUCUAUGGCCGCCCCCUGCGCCUCCCCUCCCUCCCACCCCUCUCCCUCGCCCUGCCCUCUGGUUCCCACCCCUGCACCAGCCAGUCGUCCCCCCCCCGCUGCAGCCCCCACGGCGCCAGCAGCAGCACCAGCAGCGGGGAGGAGGGGGGGAGUGAUAGCAGCAGCAGUGAUAGCAACAGUAGUGGCAGCAUUGGUAAAGCUAGUGACGGUGAUGCUAAUGGGGGUGACAGUAGUGAUGGGAUGAACCCUGACCUGGCAGGAGCUGUGGUGGGCAUUGAAGAACGCAGUCCCGCACAAUCGCAGGGCGUAUCAAGCAGGCAGGAUAAAUCUUUCAACAUGCAAAAGUGUUCCAACCGUCGGCGGAAACGUCGCGACCUAGGGGAUGCUGAAGCUGGAGAGGGAGGAGGGAGCAGAGAAGGGGGGCCAAGAAGAGAGGGGAAGCGGAGAGGAGGUGGAAGGGGGGGUCAAGAGGGUGAGGGGGGGGGGCAUGGGCGGGGUCAGGGGCAGAGGCAAGGGCAGAGGCAGGGGCGAUCAGCGGACGAGUUUGAGCUGGAAGACAUUCCGGUGGUGCGGAAGGUCACCCGCAUGCUGGACGGCGGUGCUGCGGCGCGCAGGGCGCUGGACGGCGUGGUGGACCGCUGCGCGCAGAUGCUCAACAUCCGCGAGGCUAUUCUCAGCUACCGCCGUGCCUUCAACAUGCAGGACGCAGACGCGCGCACAAGGCAGAGCGCUCUGAGCCGCGGAGCCGAGUUCCUCGAGCGCUACGUGAUGCUCAUCGCCUUCGCUGCCUACCUCUCCUCCCCCUUCUUCCGCCCCGCCGCCCCCUCCCUCUGGCCGCCCUCCUCCUCCCCCUCCCCCUCCGCACUCUCCCUCCCCCCAUCGUCCUCCCAUAGCGCUCUGCCCCGCCUCUGCCCUGCCCCACUUGCUGAGACUAGCAAGACGGUUUCUUCAGCUGCUGCUGCCGCCAGUGGGGAGGCUGCAGGCUCAGAGGCAGGAGAGGGAGGCGCAGAGAGGGAGAAGGGUGAAGGAGCAGAGGAGGGACAGAAGGAGGCAGAGAAGGUGGAAGGAAAGGGAGUUAGAGAGGGAGGGGGAGAGGGAGAGGGAGAGGGGUGUGGAGCGGAUGUGGCGGUGAGUUUCAAGAAGUGGCUGAAGCAGCGGCCUGAGAUCCGGCAGAUGAAGUGGGGCCUGCGCCUGCGCCCUGCCCGCCUCUUCACCAUUCCGGAGGUGGGAGUGCGGCUGUGGGACAGCGACGCCAGUGCCGCAGGGUCGGUGGACGAGAGGGAGGCGGAGGAUGCGGUGCUGCGUGCCCGGCGGGGCUCGGUGCUGGGGCGUGGCUCCAUCCUCAAGCUCUCGCUCUUCCCCGGCCUGCAGCCCUCCGCGCUCAACUACUCCAUCCAGAUCCCCCACGUCCCUAACUAUUUCGAGGCGCCCGGCUACCCCGUGCACAGUAUGGCGACGCCCACAGUGCAAGGCGCACAGGCCGUGCUCUCCCACCUGGGCGCCGUGCCGCAGCCACUGCCGCCUGCAGCAGCAAAUGGGGGAGGCGGUGGUGGGGGGCAGCAGGCAUCCUCGGAGUCGACUCAAAAGACAGCCCAGGAGGCUGGCAGAAGGGGUGGAAGCAGGGGCGGGGAAGGGGGAGGUGGGGGAGGUAGCAGCGUCUGGGAGGGGAGUCGAGGAGUGGAGGUGGUGAUAGUGGACCUGAGGGAGGAGGCGGUGGUGUACAUCCACGGCAAGCCCUUCGUGCUCCGAGACGUGGACCAGCCAGCAGCGUCACUCAAGCACGUGGGCAUUGCAGGGAGCGCUGUGGAGGCCAUGGAGGGGCGCCUGAAGGAGGAUAUUCUGAGGGAGGCCGCCCGGUGUGGCGGCAUGGUGCUGCUGCACAAGGAGAGGCCCAGAGAGGGGCAUGCGGGCACGCAGGGGCAGGCAGAGGGGGGUGGGCAGGUUGAAGCAGGGAGGGAGGGGCUGGUGGAUGCAGGGAGAGAGGGUGUAGAAAUGGGUGGCACUGUAGCAGGUGGAGAGGAGGCUGCAGCUGGUGCUGGGGAAAGUGGAGAGAACGGCUCUGGUGGUGGUGGUAGCUUGGCUGCCGUUGCGUCUGCUGGUGCUGCAGGUGGCUCUGCUGCUGCUGCUGCUGCUGCUGCUGCUGCUGGUGCAGAGUUGACUGCAGGAAGCACAGCUUCCCACGUGCCUGCAUCUGGUGCACCUAUUGCUGUGGGCCCUACGGAGAUCAUCGGAGUGUGGCGGGCGGUGGGGCUGGACGAUGUGAAGACGCCAGCAGAGGUGUACAGAGAGCUGAGGGAGCAGCAGGGGUACGCCGUGGACUACCACCGCAUUCCUCUCACGAGAGAGAGGGUCCCUGUGGCCUCUGACGUGGAUGCCCUUCAGCACUACAUUCAACACCGUCCCCCCAAUGUGAAGUUUCUGUUUGUCUCCCACACGGGCUAUGGCGCCAUCGCCUAUGCCAUGGCGCUCACAUGCCUCCACCUGCAGGCCACCGCACCCCGGUCUACCACAGGCCACUCCCCCACUGUCCAGUCUGCCACACGCCAACCCGCCGCUACACAGUCUGCUGCACGCCACUCGCCCUCCCACCCACCACCUGCAUCCACCACUGCUGCUGCUGCCGCGACACCUGCAGUAGCCCCCAGUGGCAGUGGUGGUGCUGGCAGUAUGGGGGGGACGAGGGCGGCGCUGCAGCGGGGGGAGUACCGGAAUGUGCUGCAGCUGGAGCGCGUGCUGGUCAAGGGGCCGCAGAGCAAGCGAUUGGUCGAUGACGUGGCACACAGGUUGCUGGCGGUGGGGCGCAUAGUGGAGGACGUGGUGGAGUACCGGCGGGCAGCGGAUGCAGUGGAGGGGGAGGACACAGUGGACCGGGACCGGCGGGCCGCGCUCACUGAGAUGGGGCUAAAGGCGCUCAGGAGGUACUGCUACCUCAUUGCAUUCCGCUCCUACCUCUUCUUUAGAGCUUCGGCUAGCAGCGCUGCCAGCAGCAGCAAGGGAAAGGCAGCAGACGAAGCAGGUGGGAAGGGUGGGGCAGCAGGACUCAGUGGGGAGUUGUUUGGUUCGUGGGUGGCCCAGAGGCCCGAGAUAGAGCACAUGCUGCAGAACCUUGUGCUGGAGUGAAGGUCAGAGUGAAGGGGCGUGUGUAGAGUGGAGCAGGGCAAUGGAUUGGUAAGUACAGAUGGGGGGAGGGAGGGAGCAGGAUGCAUUUGAAAGACCUUAGGCACGUGGGUGGCUCAGAGGCCCGAGAUAGAGCACAUGCUGCAGAAUUUGGUGCUGGAGUGAAGGGCUUUGUCUGUCCUUGGAGUGGAAGCAGUGAAGGGGCAAGAUGGUCUGGAUGUAACGAGUAGCCUUGCCUCUGCUCUACUGUUCGCUAGGAUCUCUUGUCGAAUAGGAUGUACAUUUCGAUCUGUACAUUAAAAGGUAGUUUAUGACUAAUUUAUUGGAUCGUGGGCCUUGUUGUGCGGCUCAGCUUGCCGCCAUCUGUUGCCUCAGUUAUUGUUGUCC